UUCAGCGAGGACCGCUACUGCUGACACCUCACCUCUGGCACUCCUUGGCUCGCGGGAAACAUGCCGAGAUCGCUAUCUGCCACACCUGAGACGACCAAACAUGUGUCAAUCACGCACGAGGGAAGGGACAAGGAUGUCGAGAGUGAAAUAUCUGUUGGUAUAGGACAAUCGCGGAUAAGAGCGCGUUCUGCUAGCUGUUGUGAUUCAGACAUAGAUGUAAAUCUUCGCGUCAUAAGUUAUGACGACACUGUUCGCAAGCUUGAUCACUACUAUGGCAUUGUAAAACGACAACUACUUCAAAACCAAAGUAUCACUCUUGGAAUCUUCCCAUUGGUCAGCCAGGAAAAGGAAGUGGCAGAUAUUCGCACUACGAUUUAUUGUGCUGCGUCUAUUUGGAGUCUCUUCCAGGCAUACAGACGUAUUGAUGACGAUCGUGGUAAGGCAUACGAACUAGGCCAGUCGUGUGUCAAGUGUAUGCGUGGAAUAAUUACGUGCUGGAUGCGGCAAACAUCUCACGUAGAAAACUUCAAGAAGGGCCAAAAUCCUAAAUAUGCAUUACACUCUAAGUUUCAUCUGAUAACAGGAGAGGAGGUUAUAUCAUCUGAAAAUUAUGGCCAUCUUCAGAUAGACGUAGUUUCCCUUUACUUGCUGUUCCUGGUACAAAUGAUAAAUUCUGGACUACAAAUUAUAUAUACAAUGGAUGAAGUGACAUUUGUUCAAAAUUUGGUGUACUACGUGGAGAGAGCAUACCGCACUCCAGACUUUGGGAUGUGGGAACGUGGUAGCAAGUACAACAAUGGCACCCCCGAGCUACAUGCUAGUUCUAUCGGGAUGGCCAAAGCAGCCCUUGAAGCUAUAAAUGGCUGUAAUCUUUUUGGAGAGAAAGGUGCUUCGUGGUCUGUCAUCUUUGUUGAUAUUGAUGCACACAAUCGCAACCGCAGCAUCUUCGAAACUCUGUUACCAAGGGAAUCAAGCUCAAAGCAAGUGGAUGCAAGCCUUUUGUGUACCAUAUCCUUCCCUGCUUUUGCAACUCAUGACCAAAUGCUCUACACCAGAACUAGAACUCAGAUUAUAAAUUCUCUGGAAGGCAAAUAUGGCUUUAAGAGAUUUCAUCGAGAUGGUUAUGGAACGGUUUUAGAAGACAAGAAGAGGAGGUUUUAUCACAGUGCAGAGACAAAGGAAUUUGAGAAGAUAGAAUGUCAGUGGCCUCUAUUCUACUUGUACAUGAUCCUUGAAGGCAUGUUCAAGACUAAUGAACAACAAAUAGAAGAGUACAAGAACAAGCUGAAGCCCCUGCUCAAGCGAGACAAGUGGGGAGAUCCAGUGAUACCCAUGUAUUACUUCAUUCACAAGGACAGUGUUGAGGAUGAGAAGGCUGACCCAGGUUCCCAGUAUCGCCAGCCAAGUGUUGAAGGUACUCCAAACAACCUCUUCCUAUGGGGUCAGAGCGUGUGGAUCAUCACAUCGUUGCUUAUGGACAACCUUCUUCACAUCAACGAACUGGACCUCAUUCGUCGUCACCUGCCCUCGUAUAACCGUCCCCGCAAGGGUGGUCGUUAUUCUGCCUUCCAAUUAGACAAAUUUUCAUCCAUAUCAGAAGUCUACCUGUCAUCCCUCCAGCAUGUUCCAGCUUCUAGAACCUCCUCUUGUAUGGGGCUCUGUCAGAAGCCCUUGUUAGGUUCUGAUAAAGGCAGUCAACUGAACCAUCUUUCUACUGGAACGGCAAGUGAUUUGGUAGUGCAGGUUGUCCUAAUUGCAGAGAGUAUGCGGUUACAAGCAAUGAUGGCAACAUAUGGUAUUCAAACUCAGACUCCACACGAAGUAGAACCAGUGCAGAUUUGGCCUCCUAGAGAGUUGGUCAAGGUGUACCAGAACCUUGGCGUCAGUGAAAAAUUAGGCCUGAGAGGUCGCCCGACUCGACCCAUUGGUGCAUUAGGGACAAGCAAGAUAUAUCGUGUAUGUGGCCAGACAGUACUUUGCUACCCCUUGGUGUUUGAAGUGAGUGACUUCUACCUCUCGCAUGAUAUGGCUCUUCUCAUUGAUGACAUUAAAACAGAGCUGCACUUUGUUGGAAAAUACUGGAGAUUAUCAGGUCGCCCAACUGUUUGCAUUCUCAUAAGAGAAGAGCAUAUGAGAGAUGAACACUUCCGUGAGCUGCUCGAUUUAUUGGCAAUGCUCAAGACUGGAUACUGUGAUGGGCUCAAAGUCCGUACUGGCAGACUGCAGAACCUUAUUUCAUCGUCCUGUAUUGAGCAUCUGGACUUCAUGAGUGCGAUGGAUAUAGACUUGGAUAUCAAAGCCUUUGAGCAGCUUCAGCAUGCUAGUAUUGGUUAUCAGUCUCUUACUGAUGUUCCAACUGCCAUCACUUACUCUGAGGAUUCAAUGAGCUUUAAGGAUAUGGAUUUGCAACCAACUUCAGAAGUUCUUAAUGUGUUGAGGUCGGUUUCAACUUUGCACGGUCAGACCCAGCUACUGGGAAUCCUCUUGCGUCGAGAAGGACACGAUUUCCAGGUGGACGGGGUUUCAGUACAAGACCGAGUUCGUGCACUGCUCCAUCAGGCUUCCUCUCUCCGAUACUGGGCCGCAGUGCGAGAGUGUACUGCAUUGCUCACCAAGGAGGUGGAGUCAAUCUCGCCUUACAUCACUACUGUCUUAGUUUCAGGAAAACAGUUAACAGCUGGUUAUGGCAAGGAUGAGAUCCUCCUUGAUAAACCGGUUCAACCGUCAGAAAUACACGAUCUCUUCUACACACCAGCUCUUCAGGGCCAUAGUGUUGUACAAGCAGUUCUGCAGCAAGAAGUUGUACUCUACUGUGGCAAACUUAUUGCUACACACACGCAGCUCUUCAAUGGCAUUUUGAACAUUAGAGUUGGAUGGGUGAUCAAAGCCAUGUCCUAUUACUUGCAUGAUGUGUGCAAAAGAAAGGAAACUGUAGAGUCAUUGGCGCCAAAUGAAGUCCGACGAUUGGUCGUCAAGGUGCUCUCCUUAGACGAGUGGGCACAAAAGGAAAAAUUAUGUCCACAACAAAUUCGAGUCAUUGAUGGAUGUCUAGGACGAACACCCAAAAGGUUUUAUGAAAAGGUAUUUAACAUUUUGUCCAAGACUUCACAGGGACUUCGUCUUUGUGACCAGUUACUUCCACAACAACCCACCAUCUCUGAAAUGUCGUGUGGAGAAUUAAACUUUGUUCUUGCUGUCCAGUCGCUUCUCAACCGCAUUCAACACCCUGAAUAUCGACAAAUUGUUGUUGAGCUUUUCUCAGUGGUAGCAACGAUACUAGAGAGAAAUCCUGAGCUCAAAUUCCCUCAUGAAUUGAACUUGGAUGAGAUUGUCAAGGAGGCUUUUAAGAUGUUUUUAAAGGACUUGGGUAGAGACUGGACAAAUGACAUGUCGUCUUUCUACAAUGCAUCACAAGUCGCUGUGACGAGCUACUUGGCGCGGGCUAUUGUUAAUUUCAUGCUGUCGGGUGAUAUCCGUAGUGAGAUUGAAGAAGGUUCCACUUUCUGCCGCGUAUCAUAAAGUUCACAAAAAUUGCAAGGUGGCUUUAUUGGUGUUAAGUACAGAGAUUGACUGCAUUUGAAAUUUUAAGACGAAAGUAAAAUUGACAAUCUUAAAUAUGUCAGUAUUUAUAUACCAUAGGUCUUUUUUUUUUUUCUUGUAAAAAAUAAUUGCAUGUAAUUAUUGUACAUAACGUCUUAUUUCUUUUUAAAUUAGCUUUUCCAAUAUUUUAAGUCUAAAAUUAAAUUAGUUUUUAACUGAAAAGUCUGUAAUUGAAAUGGAUUUUUUAAGAGAAUUUUAAUUUAUUGCAAAUGAAUUUCAUUACAACACAGUAAUUUAAACUGUGUUUUAGUUUAAAACACAGUUUUAAACUGUGUAAACUAAACGGUUUUAAAUUGUGUUCACAAAUGUAAACAUUUGUUUUUGAUAUUGGUUGGUCUCUGGUCUAAGACUGGUCCUGGGCCAGUCUUGCCUCUUCAAUAGAUAUAUUUUUUAUUUAAUAAAAUAAUUUUACCUAAUUACAAUUUUUAGGUGUUCAGAUAAAAUAAUGUUUGUAAUGAUAAAAACACUGUGUGUACUAUAUAGCUAUUAAACAUUAAUACUGCUGGAACUAUACAGGUAUUCUAUCUUUAUUGAGAAGUCGGUUUAGGCAUUAUUGUAUUGUAAAAAGUUUACUUUGGAAAGCCCAGUAAUUCAUUGAUUGUGCAGUAUAGGAGUGAACCGAUGUGCCAGGGAACUAUUGUAGAUUGUUGUUAUAAUCCCUGAUGUUAGUCACUAGUUCGUGAAUAUUAAAACUGAAAAGAUA